AUGGCAUUGGAUACUUUGGAUUACGCUGUCAUGGUUGCGUUGGCAGUCGCAGUGUCGCUAUACUUUGGUAAGAGUACCUUCUUCCCAUCAAAUGAAGGCCUCGACGCAGGUUUUGUUGCAGGGGCAGCCAGUGGGAAAACCAGAAACUUGGUGGAAGCACUUGAAAAAAAUAACAAGAAGUGUGUGGUGUUCUUCGGUUCUCAGACUGGUACCGCGGAGGAUUAUGCGUCUAAGUUGUCCAAGGAGUUGAAGGCGAGAUUCGGAUUAUCAAGUAUGAAGUGUGAUCUUGCUGAUUACGACUUCGACAACUUUAAUGAAAUCCCGGACGACAAAUUGGUGUUUUUCUUGGUGGCCACUUACGGCGAAGGUGAGCCAACAGACAACGCCGUGGAAUUCUUUGAAUUCUUGGAGAAUGGUGCUGAUUCCAACUUGCAAUCACUCAAAUAUACCGUUUUCGGGUUGGGUAACUCCACUUACGAAUUUUAUAACAAAAUUGGAAAGGACUUGAAUAACAAAUUGGAAGAGUUAGGAGGUGAAAGAUUUGCUGGUUAUGGCGAAGGAGAUGAUGGUAAGGGUUCAAUGGAUGAAGAUUUCCUUGCAUGGAAGGAGGCCGUAUUCGAAUCUUUGAAGCACAACUUGAACUUUGAGGAGCACGAAUUGACCUAUGAGCCAGGUUUACAGUUAACGGAGGACUCUUUGAUUUCCAAAUCCGAUGCUGGAGUUUCUGAAGGUGAGCCAAGUUCAGAAUACGUAAAGUGGGAUCCAUCAGUUUCACCUGAGGGGAUCACCAAGGGUCCAUUUGACCAUACUCAUCCAUAUUUGCUGACUAUCUCUAAGUCAAAGGAACUUUUUAAUAGUAAAAGUAGAAGUUGCGUACAUGCAGAAUUCGAUUUAUCUGACUCAAAUUUGAGGUACCUGACUGGGGACCAUUUGGCUAUAUGGCCACUGAAUUCGAACCAGGCAGUUUCUAAGUUCCUUUCUGCAUUUGGUUUGGAAGGCAAGGAAGAUUCUGUCUUCAGCUUAAAGUCGUUAGAUUCAACCAUCACUUUACCGUUUCAUUCUCCAAUCACCUAUGAUGGAGCCAUAAGAAACCAUAUGGAAAUUACUGGUGCAGUUUCGAGACAAUUCCUUCAAGCAAUUGCAUCCUUUGCACCAUCAGAAGAUUCCAAAAUCAGAGCCCAAAAAUUAGCAGGAGACAAGGAAUUAUUCGCCAAAGAAAUUCACUCUCAGAACUUGAAUAUUGCUGACGCUUUAUUGAAGAUAUCUGAUGGUGAAGCAUGGACUGGCGUCCCCUUUGAAUUUCUCAUCGAAUCUGUUGCUCAUUUGCAGCCAAGAUACUACUCUAUAUCGUCCUCGUCAAUGGUUGACAAGCGUUCUAUUCAUGUCACCGCAGUUGUUGAACUUGAGCAACACGAUGACCGUGUUGUUUCUGGUGUAGUAACUAAUCUUUUGAAAAAUAUCGAAGUUUCUCAAAACAAAAAGUCCGAAAAGCAAUUAGUAACCUACAAUUUAAAGGGACCAAAGGGUAAAUAUUCUAACUAUAAGUUACCAGUUCAUGUUAGAAGAUCGACUUUCAAAUUGCCUAGUAAUCCAGCUGUACCAAUUAUCAUGAUUGGUCCAGGUACUGGUGUUGCCCCAUUUAGAGGAUUUGUAAGAGAAAGAUGUCAACAGGCUUCCAAUACCACUGAUAAUAUAACUAUUGGUAAGACCCUCUUGUUCUUCGGUUGCAGAACAAGCGAUGAAGAUUUCUUGUAUAAAGAGGAAUGGCCAGAAUAUUCUCAAAAGUUAGGUUCAUCCUUCGAAUUGGUUACGGCAUUUUCUAGAGAAGACCCAGCCAAGAAGGUCUAUGUUCAACAUAAAUUGUUGACUAAAUCUAAGGAAAUUAACGAAUUAUUGGAAAAAGGUGCGUACAUUUAUGUUUGUGGUGAUGCUUCAAAGAUGGCUAGAGACGUCCAGCACACCUUGAAUCAAAUCAUUAGUAAAGAGAGAAAUCUCCCAGAGGAAAGAGGUGCAGAACUUAUCAGAGGAUUAAAGGUUCAAAACAGAUACCAAGAAGACGUUUGGUAA